AUGGGAACGACGACAACAGAGUCCGGGCCGGGGCCAGCGCAUCGCAAUGAUCCCUCGACGCCGUCUCCAAGCCCGAACAAGCAGGAACCGGAAACGAUGCCACCAAUGAAAGCGUACAUACGCGUCUUUUCCUACCUGCGCCGAACCGAGAUGGCCCUCAAUGCCAUCGCUGUCGCGGCGGCAUUCGGUUCAGGCACUGCACUAGCUCUGGUAAAUCUUGUCAUGGGUCAGCUAAUCAGAGUUAUUCUGGACUUCACUUCUGGGGCUCUGGACCGCGAUGACUUCCUCCCGCGCGUAUCGACCCUCUGCCUUCAACUCGUCUACAUCGGUCUCGCCCGCUGGGCCUGCGUCUACAUCUACACGGUUCUCUCGACCCAUACCGCAUACCACGCCGUCCGCAACCUCCGCGCCGAAUUUUUGCGCGCUGCCCUGCGUCAGCCGGUAGCCUUCUUCGACCGGGAGCUCAGCUCCGUUGCCAUGCAAGCCACGACCAACGGCAACUUGGUUCAGUCCGGCGUGUCUGAGAAACUCAUGGUCUGCUUCCAGGCCGCAGCGACCGCUGUCGCCGCAUUUGCCAUCGCCUUUGCCUCUCAGUGGAAGCUCACGCUGAUCCUCAUCGGUAUCGCUCCUACCUUGGUUGUCCUCCUGGGUACGUGCGCCACCCUCGAGUCCAGAAUCGAGGUGAGCCAGCUGGAAGUCUUUGCGCAGGCUGGUUCCUUUGCAGAAAAUGUCCUCGUCACCAUCCGGACCGUUCACGCCUUCGGCAUACGGCCUCGUCUCAUGGACCAUUUCGUGACCUACCUCGACAAGGCCAAAGCACUAGGCAUGCGCAAAAGCCCCCUCUACGGAGUUCUCUUCAGCCUCGAGUACUUCAUCGUCUAUUCCGGCAUGGGGCUCGCUUUCUGGCAGGGAAUUCAGAUGAUAGCGCGUGGAGAGGUCGACGACAUGGGCACCGUUUUUACUGUCAUCAUGUCUGUUCUCACUGCCAGUUUGACAGUGACUGUUGUUGCCCCGUACAUGAUUUCCUUUCAGAAGGCUGCCACGGCGGCUGCCCAGCUUUUCGUCCUCAUCGAUCGCAAUUCCGACAUAGAUCCGUUCGACGAAGGGGGCCUGAAACCUCCUGAAGAAACCGUUCGUGGCGAGCUCGAGAUCGAAAACAUUACCUUCAGUUACCCGGCUCGUCCGGGAGUCACCGUUCUGGACCGAUUCUCGCUGAACAUCCCGGCUGGAAAGGUGACGGCUCUUGUGGGCGCCAGCGGUUCCGGGAAGAGCACCAUAAUCGGUCUCGUUGAACGAUGGUACAGUCCCAACUCGGGCAGCAUAAGGCUGGAUGGAACGCGGAUCGAGGAACUGAAUCCGAACUGGCUCCGAACACAUGUGCGUCUGGUACAGCAGGAACCUGUUCUCUUCAGCGGCACUAUUUUUGAGAACAUAGCUCACGGCCUUGUCGGCACUCCCUGGGAGAAUGCAUCUCUGACUGAUCAGCGUGAGCGCGUCACCCGCGCAGCCGAGCUCGCAUACGCCCAUGACUUCAUCACCACAAAGCUCCCGAAUGGCUACGACACCGUCAUCGGAGAGCGUGGCGGACAACUCUCCGGUGGACAGAAGCAGCGGAUCGCCAUCGCGCGGAGCAUUGUUUCGGAGCCGCGUGUUCUCCUCCUUGACGAGGCCACCAGCGCGCUCGAUCCGCGAUCCGAGGGCGUUGUGCAGCAGGCCCUCGACAACGCUUCCAAGCAAAGAACGACUAUCGUAAUCGCGCACAAGCUGGCAACUGUCAGGCGGGCUGAUAAUAUCGUCGUCUUGGCCAAGGGAGCCAUAGUCGAGCAGGGUACCCAUGAGGUCUUGAUGGCCGCUGGUGGCGCUUACGCGCGCAUGGUGCGGGCUCAGAAGCUGACGGCAGGCGAUAACGAGAUUCAAAAAAUGAAAGACGUCUCCACCGAGUCUGAGAAUACGAUUCAUGAGAAAGGAGUCGUGAAAGAGGGGUAUAGGACCAUGGGAGAGAAACAGGAUUCUGGGCAAAAUCCCCAACCAGCACACGCCUCAGCAGUAGCACAGUACAAUUUCGAAGCAGCGAAUCGCAAGAACAUACUCGGAGACGUCUGGGAGCUCAUCCGCGAGAGUCCGGAGCUCAAGUGGUAUUUCAUUUCCAUCUUUAUCGGAUGCUUGAUUGGAUCCGCCGCGCUCCCUGGACAAGCUCUCCUAAUGGGGAAGAUAAUGGAUGUUUUUAACCUCCCCCCUGACCGAAUGCGUGACCGAGGGAACUUUUAUUCGCUCAUGUUCUUCAUCAUGGGCCUCGCGGCCAUGUUCAUCUACUUUGUGACGGGAUGGAUUGCCAACUCGGCGGCUCAGGCAAUGAACCACAAGUUCCGGCGGAAUCUUCUUAACAACGUCUUAAAGCAGGAUGUCAAGUUUUUCGAUCUUCUGGAAAACAACGUCGGAGCCUUGACCGGUCGCCUCGACUCCACAGCUCAGGCCAUGAUCGAGCUGAUGAGUAUCAACAUCGUCCUCAUCCUUCUGACGAUAAUGACGAUAUUGGCCUGCAGCUGCCUCUCGAUAGCCACGUCGUGGAAGCUCGGGCUUGUUGGUGUGUUCGCUGGGCUCUCCCCACUGCUGGCUGCCGGACUCGCGCGGAUCCGGCUGCAGCUCAAGAUGGAUGGGAACAACGAAAGACGCUUCUCUGCGAGCGCGGCCAUUGCUUCCGAGGCCAUCCUGGCAAUCCGGACGGUGUCCAGCCUCGCCAUCGAGCGGGUCGUCUUGCGGAGAUACACCGACGAGCUCGACGCGGCGACCAAGACGUCAGUCCGCCCAUUGCUGCACGCCAUGUUGUGGUUCUCCUUCACGCAAGCCGUCGAGUACUUUGUGCUCGGCUUGGGAUUCUGGUGGGGGUGUACGCUGUUGAGGAACGGUGAGAUAUCGCUGUACCAAUUUUUCGUGUCCUUCAUGGGCAUCUUUUACGCCGGACAAAACGCCGGCACCAUGUUCACAUAUACGAGCAGCAUCACCCAAGGAAAGUCCGCCGCCGAUUACUACUUGUGGGUGAGAUCUCUGGAACGGUCGGUGGAGGAGACGCCCCAGAACAAAUCGAUCACGCCCGCCCGUGACGUAGAUCGUGUCCAUCUUGACAACGUCGAGUUUAGCUACCCGGCUCGUCCGGAUGUUCGCGUUCUCCGCGGCGCCGAGAUCGUCGCCUCUUCUGGAGAAUUUGUGGCCCUGGUCGGUCCAUCUGGGUGUGGGAAAAGCACAGCCAUCGCGCUGCUGGAGCGUUUCUACGACCCUGUCUCAGGAAGUGUCUGGAUUGACGACCAGGACCUGGUUGAGAUCAACCCAGAGGCUUACCGAGCGAGCGUGGCCCUCGUGCAACAGGAGGCGACUCUUUACCCGAGCACCAUUCGGGAGAACGUGAUGCUGGGCCUGCCUCUGAAGGCGGAAACAUCAAGAUCCGAUGUCGACGAGAAGAGGUUGGAGGCCGCGCUCCGGGCGGCGAAUGCCUGGGACUUUGUAAUUUCGCUGCCCCAAGGCACGGAAACGCCCUGCGGCACCAACGGAUCGCAGCUGUCGGGUGGGCAGAGACAGCGCAUUGCCAUCGCACGGGCGCUGAUCCGGAACCCUAGACUGCUGCUCCUCGAUGAGGCGACGUCAGCCUUGGACACGGCGUCAGAGAGAGUGGUGCAGGGUGCUCUGGGUCGCCGCGCUGCUAGUGGCGAUGAAGCGGAUACCUCGGGUCGCGGCAGGAUCACGGUGGCCGUCGCCCACCGCUUGAGCACUAUUAAGGACGCAGACCGUAUUUACGUCUUCAGUGGCGGCAGGGUGGUGGAACAGGGCACACAUGAUGAGCUUAUUGCUCUGGGCGGUAUUUACAAGAGGCUGUGCGAGGCCGAGAGCCUCGAUGUUGAUGUUUGA